AGGCAAGAAUCGCGAUCUUCGUGCCUACGCGACUCGAGUUUACAGUCGAUAUUCAAUUUAAAAUGUAACAAAGGACAGUGUACAUCUUGUAUAAUAAAUACAAACUCAUCAUGUUCACUCUUAAACUGUUUUUGAGUUAAAUACGUCUGAUUUCUAGUUCGGAACCUGACCACACACGCGAUGGUUAUGUUAGUUCAGCUGCGGCCCGGUUACAAUAAGCUAUAACGAAUUGCACAAGUGAUUCAGUCCCUACAAGUUUUCCAGUGUUGAGUCACGUCCCAAAUGUACUAGGAUUAUGUGGUUUUGGAGUAAGAUCUGUGUCUUAUGAUCUAGUGCCAAUAGUGCUGUAGCUGGAUGGAGUUUGGCAAGAUGGAGCGCUGGCUAGUGCUUGUUGUGGUUCUGCUUAUGCAAUACUUUGGUGAGGGCAGUGGGCAGUGCCGCAAUGGGCAGGAGCCGAGCUUCGCGCGCUGGUCGGGCGCGAGCCCGGACCAGGCUGCGCCAGUCUUCGUGUACGCGGCAAGCGGCGAAGAAGAGUCACUGGCAGGAGCGUGCCUGGCGCGAUGCCGCGAGCUGCCAGUGUGUGCUGGCGUUGUGGUCGCCUACUCACGGGGGCACUGCCACGGCGUCGCCGCGCAAGUAGAAGAAUUACUCCGACCAGACAACGAUGUGGCUUACUUCAAGAAGAUCUGUGCCAUAUUGCCCGAAGGAUGCGCGGAGCGGUGGUGGGCCGUGGAGGCCACGCCGGGGUACCACCUGCAUUCCGAGAGCAAUAUAAAGGUGGUCCUGAACACCACGGCGCGGGAGUGCUAUGCACUCGUCCUGGGCACAAGGGGGGAGCAGCUCUACAGAUCGGCGCAGUGGGUAAGCCCCGAAGGCGCCCUGGACGCCGACGCCGUCAAAACCUCCGACUCUUCGCUGGGCAACUGCAUCCUCAACGCCGAAGACAAGUUCACCGAGCCGGAGUCCUAUAGGGUUGCCAACUACUACACAUUCUACGUGGAGAACCAGUGCAGGCACGACUAUCCAAAGAAGAUAGACCGAUGUUCCUACGAAGAAUAUUACAACCAAACGCUGAAACACGUCGAGUUUACUUACAAAAACUUUACCAAAGAUGAGUGCAAGAGCGCCUGCGAGUCCGAAACGCGCUUCGUAUGUCGCGGGUUCACAUGGCUGCCUCGCGAGGGCGAGGCCGGAGGGCGCGGCGAGGCCGGCGGUCCCGGCUCUCGGGGCCUCUGCGACCUACACUCCGAGGACCUGGUGUCCACCGGCUCGUGGCUGCUACGCCGCGCAGCUCAGGCUGUGUAUUAUCGCCGUGUCAUCUGUCUUAAUAUAAGCGUGGAUUGCUCAGACGACUCGCUGAUAGUGACGUACCACCCGCGAGGCCAGUUCCGCGGCCGGAUCUACGUGCCGGGCCGCGGCGAGGGCUGCGGCGCGCGCGGCGUUGGCGGCACCGUUCGGCUCAAGUUACCACUGUAUGGCGAUUGCGAUGUCAACUUCGCGCAUGCCAUAUCACAUACGCCUAAUGGAGUCGUUAAUAGGACGAUGGCUUACGUAAUGGUUAUGAUCCAAAACAAUCCGAUCAUCCAAACGGCGGGCGACCGCUGGGUGCGAGUGGGCUGCUCGCCGGGCGAGCGCGCCGCCUCCGUGCCGAAACAUGUCAACGCCGCCGUCGCCGUGAAGGACACCGGGCGUCCAUCCGAGCCGAGUAGUGGUGCGCCGUUGCCGGCGUCGGCGAGCACUGUGUACAGCGGCGGGGCGCCCGUCUCAAUGUACGUCGUCCGCGUCGCGCAGGACGCGCCGCCCGCCGCCGCUGUCUCGCUGGGCGAGCCUUUAGAAUUGCGCAUCGAGUCCACAGAGGAAGCCGAGAUCGAAGCUUACCACUUAGUGGCCUCGUCGCGACUCGGGGACAGCUCCGUCCUGUUGCUUGAUAGCAGAGGGUGUCCCACCGGACAGGUGGACUUCCCCGCGUUCACACGCAGCGUGUCGGGUGGCACGCAGCGUCUGUCGGCGCGGUUCAAGGCGUUCCGUUUCCCCACAUCACACAUCGUUCGAUUCGCUCUGAUGGUGCGGUUCUGCGAUAAAACUUGCGACCCGGUGAAUUGCAUCCAGCCAUCAGCCCGCCAAGCACGCAUGACCAACGCCACGUUCUCCUGGGAAGACGGCGACGGCGUGCCGGGCUCGGUGGGUCCGGCGUGGGGCGCGCACGGCGCGGGGGGCGCGGGGGGCGCGGGGGGCGUGGUGGCGCGCGGCGGCGCGGCGCCGUGCCCGCCCGCCGGCGCCGGCCGCAUGCCGCUCGAGCUGGAGAUGGUGGUCGGUUCCGGGGAUGUGGUGUCCGCUGACACUAUGGUCCGUGCUGACCAUCGGUCUAAUAUACCGGAGGAGUCGCGCGAGUUUGAUAACGGCCUGGUGUGCGUGCAUGAGCUGCUGCUGGUGGCGCUGGCGUUGGCCUGGCUCGCCGUGCAGGUGUUACUGCUGCUGGGAUGCUGCGUCCUCGUCAAGCGAUACCGUAAGCUGGCCGAGAUGAACAUGCAGAAGGACUACCAGGCCUUUGACAACGGUGGUUUCGAUUCCAUGUCGACGCAUCGUCGGGUCCAUUGGCCCGACCAGAACAUUGAUGUGCUUCAAUAAUGGCGACCAAAUUUCGGUUAGGUACUUAUUUAUUUCAUAUGGGCUGAUUUUUACAGAUAUUGAUUUGGCAGGUCGUAGACUUCGUUAUGCAUGUAUGUAUAUAUAUACUUUAUUGUACAUAAAAAAUAACAACACGAAAAGUACAGUCACAGAGUAAAUUAGUUUAUGGCCCUCAGACUAGUAGCUACGACGACCGGCGUGACAAUAGAGACGGAGAUCGUCGGGAUGGCGGCGACCGGCGCAACGGAGAUCGCCGGAAUUUUUCACGACAAGACGAAGGUAACAGGAAAGUAAUUUCAGUCCCAUCCUCAAAGAUCGGUCGGGUAAUCGGUAAAGGCGGGUCUAAAAUCAAAGAUCUUGAAUUUGACUCUGAGGCUAAAGUAAAAAUCGGAGAUACUAGCGGCGACGAAACUGACAUCACGCUGACGGGUACUGAUGAGGCUAUCGCAAAGGUUGAGGACAUGAUUAAAGAUCUUGUCAAAGACUAUAAACCUUUGAGGCGAAGCGCAAAAAUAUAGUUAUGGAAUAUUUUAGAUAUGAAAAGUUUAUUCUGAAUUUGUCAAGAUAAACAAGGCAGACAGAAAGACAAUUUUUGUAUUUAAAUUAAUAAAAUGGAUUAAGUUCAGAAAAACAGAAAUCAGGCUCAGGAGUUCACGGUUUCAACCGAUGCAGUCGUUGAAUUAGUGGGUACAAUCAUUGUGCAAGUUUUAUUUUAAGAUUGUAUAAUGACCUCGGUGUAAUUGUAUUGUACAUAUUACU